CGGGAGGCGGAAAGGGCGGGGACGAAGAAGAGUCACAUGAUAAUCAAAGCUCGUGAAAGGAGGGCGAGGAAAAGAGCCGUCACGUGAUCCCGCCGAGCAGCUCCGCCGAGUGGGGAGGGGGUGGCAGGCCGGGUACGUCCGUCGCCGGGGAGGGCGGCGUGUGAGAUGCUGGCGGGGCCUUGGUAGGGCCGGGGAGAGCGGGCGACGGGACUCCCUCCCUGGGUAACUCUCAGGUUAGAACUGGGGGAUGCGAAAGGGGGGCGUUUGAGGGUGGGGGCUACAGGUUAAUUACAGCUUUAGGGUGAGGUCAGGCUUGGUGGGGAAAGGGGCCUGUUGUCAUUUUUCUCCCUUCAGUCUGAGAUGUGACUCUGAGGAGUAGCUACCCUUAAAUUCAUCUUUGGCUUUGUUUACAUUAUAGCAAUAUAUGUAUGUAAUAAUAAUAAUAAAAACAUAAUAAAUAAAUAAGGGAGUGGGAAAUAAGAAUCUAAUGCUGAACAGUGGGUGUGUUUUGCCUUUGUGUUACUGACUGGCCUUCUCUUCUGGUCGUCGUCUUCUUCUGGUUCUUUUUCUCGCCCUAGUUAAGUUCUUCUGUAACUGUCAUAAGAUUUGCUGUUCUCCCCUGCAGUUCUUUAGGGUUUGUAAGGGGCUGGCUAUCUCAUAUUGUCUCUCCAGUGGGUUCUUCUUGCCGCUGGCCAUGGCAUCUCAGCGGCAACCUUACAUGGAUACGGCCCCAAUCCUGACCCAGGCAGAUGACACAGAGGAAGAGGGAAAGGAUGGUCUGCAAACUGGGCAUGAAGGGGAAGAAGAGGUACAGACCCUCACAGGCAUCUCCUCUACACGGGCUGGCUUCAUUGUGGGAGUUCUCUGCUUUGUUAACCUGCUGAACUACAUGGACCGCUUCACUGUGGCUGGUAAGGGUGCUGGGGUGCUAUGAGACUGUAGCUGGAACUUCUCUUCCCAGCUGUGUCAGGUGGGUGGGCACUGUAAGUUUUAAAGCGAUGAGGUGUUGAUUUUCUCCCCACCCACAACAAUCCUUAACUUUAGAUAAUGAAGGUCAUGAUGGAUUGUUUUGGGGUGAGGAUACUUAGUUGUCUUUCCUCAGUAUUAACACUGUGAUCCUUCUUCCUUACCUCAGGCGUUCUUCCUGACAUUGAGGCAUUUUUUACAAUUGAUGAUAGCAAAUCAGGGCUCCUACAAACAGGUGAGUAGGGUGGUGGGGCUUGGUUCUUCCCCACCCACAACCCAGGCACUUUGUAAGGGCAGUGCUAUUGAAGCAGGAGCGUUUGCCACUGGGAAUAAUUAUUUCUUUCUUCUCAGUUUUUAUUAGUAGCUAUAUGGUACUUGCACCAAUUUUCGGUUACCUGGGGGAUCGCUAUAAUCGCAAAUACCUGAUGUGCAUUGGGAUCACCUUCUGGUCAAUAGUGACGCUGGGGAGCAGCUACAUUCCCAAGGAGGUAUGGGGGCAGGGGAGAAGAUUCUGUAGAUUAGUUUUCACCCAGGCAUGGGGAAGAACUUUGGGUUUGGGAUCUGUGUGUCUUCCCUUCCACCCCCCAGCAUUGAGGCUUAUGGGGCAGGGGAGAUCUGGCACAGCUGUCCUCUUGAGAUUGGGAAGGUGCAAGGCUUUCCUUCAGUUUAAGCUGUGUGUCAUUAAGCUGAACUCUGGAUAAAAUCACAAACAUUUGCUAGCUGGUAAGAAACUGUUUUGGAAGGCCUUGUGCCUGACUGACUAGAGGAGAUUCUUACUUGUCACAAGCCACAGAAAAGUGGCUAUUUAUAAAGUAUUGCUGAACAGGUUUGAAACCUGUUCUUGACAUUCACACUUACCAAACAAGGAAUCCUAGGAACUGUAAUUCUGAGAAGGGGUUAAGAAUACUUGACGAAGUAUUCUUUGCACCCAUACAUGACUGCAUGUCCUGAGGUUCUUUAGGGGUGUGUUUCAGAUUUAUAGCUACACUAUUACAUCUCCUCAGUUUAUUGUUUGUUUUCUCUACGUUAGAUGUUCUGGCUGUUGCUGCUGACACGAGGCAUGGUGGGUGUGGGAGAGGCCAGCUACUCAACUAUUGCCCCCACCAUUAUUGCUGAUCUGUUUGUGGGUGACCGGCGAUCCCGCAUGCUCAGCAUCUUCUACUUCGCCAUACCUGUGGGCAGGUGCGAACACCCUGUGGUCUGUUUCAGGGCGGGGUAUGCACUGUAGUGAAGUUGAACUGGAGAUAUUCAUCUGUUUACUGUAAAUUGGCAAUCAGCCUUAUGCAACAAUCAAAGCAAGAUGUGUGUGUUCAUAAGCCAUGGAAUAGGAGCAUGGGAAGCUGCCUUAUAUAACUGAUUCAGACCAUUGGCCCAUUUAGCUCAGUAUUGUCUACACUGACUGGCAGCAGCUCUUCAGGGUUUCAAGCAGGGCUCUUUUCCCAGCCCUAUCUGGAGAUGCUGGAAAGUGAACCUGGGGUUUUCUGCAUGCAAGACAGGCGCUCUACCGCUGACCUCUGGCAUUCCCCCAUGUUGCAAUGACCAAACCUAAUUGGCUUUCACAGAAAGAGGGGAGCCUGCCUGAGUGUGGGUCUGACUGUUCUCCCUUUUCACCUGCAGUGGACUGGGCUACAUAGUGGGUUCAAAGGUGAAAGAUGUGGCUGACGACUGGCAUUGGGCCCUGCGGGUGAGUAGGGGAUACAAUUGUACUGGUUGGUGUUUGUUGCCUUAUGUUCAUGUUGCAGUUCAGCUCAUCUUCAUCACAUUGUAGUAAGCUUGUCUGCUAUGCACCUAUGCAUACAUGUUUUUAUUUUCUUCUGUUUAGAAUGCCUCCAACUUAGAUCAUUAUCUUCUCAUACAGGUGACACCAGCCCUAGGGGCGUUGGCGGUGAUACUGUUGAUAACUGUGGUGCGGGAGCCGCCUCGGGGAACUGUGGAGACGCACUCAGAUGCCCCUCUGCAAUAUACUUCCUGGGCAGCUGACCUGCGGGCCCUGAGCCGCAAGUGAGUAAUGGGUACCAUUUAAUGUACUGCUGCCAUGUAGGCCACAUCCCACCUUUCCAUUCUGGAAUAGCUUCCUUGCCCUAGUUUCAUUGAUUCCAGAUCAGUGUAGAUAUUCUCUUUAGUGAUAGAUAAAGGACAAGAAACUGAGAAGCAAAACAAACCACUUAGGGAAAAUCUGUACAGUCUUCUUUCUUGUGGGGGCUUUCAAAGCAAGACUGACAGGUAGCUAUCCAGAGUGCUUUAUGGAGGUGGUUUUGAAAUUUGGUUCCUCAGAGUAUUGGGGAACUUAAUUAAGGAAAUUGGUAAUGGUAGCAAAGGUUCCCUUGACCAUAAGCUUGUCCAAUAUUAUCAGUCUUCCCCUGCAGUUAUAAGCAGAUGUUGAGAUGUGUUCUAGGGUGUGUGCUCAAAUUGCACCAGGUCCAGCAGGCCUGGCCAAUGACUUGUUUAAUCCACGAGAAAGUGCCCCAACAUUCUUUGUAACAUAAUAAGAGCCAACAGGCCAGUGCAGUAGCUGUUCAUUGAAAGGGUGAAAUGGAGUGAGGAAGUGAUAAAAGCCCUCUGCAAGUGAUCAGUCUGCAACUCUGAUAAGAGUGCUCUGUCCUCACUGCAGUAACCUGCUAGAUAGGAAACAAGGUGAGGAGGAGAGGGGAAAGGAAAGGGAUAGCCUUGUCCAUCAUUGCCUCUGGCCCUGACCCCACCUGGCAUACCAAAUAAUAUAAAGCCCUUGACAGAAAAUGUUCUUCCCUGCCCUGGCUUUAGGCCUAGGGUUGCGGCUCUCUGCAGAUGUGAUAACUGUGCCAUCAGUAAUGUUCUCUGUAGGAGGCAGUGGCACCCUACACACUGUGUUUUACAAUUUGCCCACAGUUUCAGUUCCCUGGUAUGGUUUUUUCUCCUAGUAACCUCCUGAGCUGGAGAACACCUUGCUACUUGGGCCACCACUAUUACAGGUGGGCAAACCGUGACCUAAGAGAUCCUGCCGUGAGAUGGCUGAGUGUUUCUAAGGACUGACUCAUCCCUGGUUGCCCUAUAGUUUGAGUUCUCUGUAUUUUUACAGCUGAAUGGGUGAGCCAACUCUCUUGUAGAGCAUUAUAUGUGAGGUCAUAGGAAAGUUAUGUUUGUGGCAAUAGAUCUCUGAUGAUUCCAAUUGCUCAACUGCAGGAAUGAUUAGGGCUAUUGUUUUAUGCUCACAUUUCCUCUCUCUCUCCCCCCCCCCCCCAUGGACAGUCACAGUUUUAUAUUGUCAUCGCUGGGCUUCACAGCUGUGGCCUUUGUAACAGGCUCCCUGGCUCUGUGGACACCAACUUUCCUGUACCGCUCACGCCUGGCCGCUGGCACUCUCCAGCCUUCUCCCUCAGGACAUGCUUCUGACUCUGAUAGGUGAGUUAGUAGCUGAGGAAGCCCUUAGUCAUGACAUCAGUUCAGCUCUCUCUUGAGGAACACUUGGUUCAGCAGUGGAGGUUCACCACUGCUGUCUUUUGACACCUCUGUGUUUCUUAACUCUGAGCUGUUUGUAGUAUAGGGGCUAAGAGACUGUCACAAAUGGGGGUGCCCCAAAUCUUGAAUCUUGCCCCUGCUGUAAACUUGGUAGAUGGCCUUGGCAUGCUACUGUCUCUCAUCCUCCCAUCUGCAAUGUGGGGUACCAUAUGUGAAGUGCUCUGAGCCUUCUCUGCGGUGCUUUUAUGAAUGCUUUGUAUCAUUAUCUCUGCAGCCUCACCUUUGGCGUCAUCACUUGUGUGACUGGUGUGCUGGGUGUCAGUGCUGGGGUGGAGAUUUCCCGGCGCUGGCGCCGCACCAACCCUCGUGCUGAUCCCCUGGUGUGUGCAACUGGACUGCUGGGCUCUGUCCCCUUCCUGUUCCUGGCAGUGGUGACCGCUAAGCAGAGCAUCGUUGCCACCUACGUGAGUUCUCCCCAACUUUCACUUGUUAAUUUGGUACAGCCCCUGGAGGUGCUGCCAGCUUUCUUGUGGCAGUGUCCAUGGUGUGGCAUGGUGGGUACCGUUGCCUGUCCCACUACUGCCCAUCCUGUGCUUUUUAAACUUUUGUACACUGCUUUGGAAUCUUAAAAAAUAAAAAGGAUGUUAAAAACAAAAAUAAUACCGUCUCUUCUCUUCACCCCUCCUUCCUCUGCAGGUAUUUAUUUUCAUUGGUGAGACCCUCCUCUCCCUCAACUGGGCCAUAGUGGCGGACAUCCUUCUGGUGAGACUGUGGGGAAGAGGCAGUGUGCAAAACUCUAGACUUUUAUUUCAUUUGCAGAAUUGCACCGUUCUCAUUUGCCUUCCCACGUGGUGGUAGCCAGGGAGAAUCAAGUAGAGUGAAUCAGCCCUGGAUUUAACUGUCCAUUGACAGUGGUUUUGUUUGUUUUUUUAAACUUAGUUCUGUUGAGAAUUCACAAGAUAUCCUCAGGCAAAUCUCUUUCCCUCUAAUGAAACAAUAAUUCUGGCCUACUCUAGGGAGGAGUUAGAAGUAUUGCUGCGAGUGUGCACCUUGGGCAUCCCUCCAGGGCUCCUGUGCUCACGGUAGAUAGCAGGGUAGUCAGUGUAGUGUUUCUUACAGCUCCAACAUGAUGGUUUCUCCUCCCUUGUGCUGCCCAAAUCCCUAUCCCAUUUUGGCUGUGCCACUGUGUCAUAGAUCCACUGGCGCAAUGGUUCACGGGUAUAUAUUUAUGCCACCACAAUUGCUAUCUGGCAUGGCAGUUGGCAUGGUGUACAGGACUGCACCUCUGUGCUGCUUUUCUACAGAGGACUACAUGAGCUUCUGGGGGCUUCUGGUCCCCUUUGUCAAAUGUGCUAAGUGAAAUCCUCAGUUUGCAAGAGUGUGUAUCACACCAAAGUGGGUAUAGAAUAAAAGAGGAGCAAGAUGAAGGGCAACCAGAAGAGGCUUAGCAAUGUGUGUGAGAGAGUGGCUUGUAAUGGCUUUAUAGUUAUGUGGGGAAGCAACCGUUUGCUGUCCAGCAGAGGGCACCAGUAAAUCAGCUGUAUUCUCUUCCCAGUAUGUUGUCAUCCCCACACGCCGAUCCACAGCUGAAGCUUUCCAGAUCCUGCUGUCGCAUCUUCUGGGUGAUGCUGGGAGCCCUUAUCUCAUUGGCCUGGUAAGUGCUUGGACAGCGAGAAGGCACUUCUGGUCAGCUUUUCAAAGCUUGCGACUUCCGAGGCAUUCUACCCAUCAAGUAGCUCCUCUUUUCUCUGUCAUCAGCCGCUUGCUCUUUCCCAACAUUUAGAUCAUACCUUGCAAGGCUCACGCAGCUGUAUUUCUUGGGCCAAAAGAGCCCAGGCUGAUCCUGCAAUAUUUGUUCAGGCCGAGCGAAAUUGAUGCAUUGCAACCUUGUGCAAUAUUAACCUCCCAGGACCUAAGCUCAGCUGUUGAAGCUCUGCUCCGGGUGAUCAUCUUAAGAACAGACUGUUUUCCAUUUGGGAGCAGGGCCUUCUUAAUAGCGACUCCGGAGCUAAGACUCUCUCAAAAUGUUUCUUGUAUGUUGCCUGCCAAGCUGUGUUUGGAGGCAUGUAAAAAUGUGUUUAUCUUGCCAGGUCUUAUGAGAGUUAACUGGAAGUGUGCUCUCAAGUUUGUAUUAAAUAAUUUUUUAUUUUAUAUGCUUGUACUGUGUGGCUUUGAAAAAUGUUAAAAUAGUUCUAUUGCCUGUCAGCCACUUCGUAGUCAUUCUUGUUAAAAGCCAGCAUCAAUAUAAAUAAUACAUACAACAUUAGCAGAUACUCUGUUUUGGAAAGAAUUUUGUUGGUUUAGAAGUACUGCAUCUUCGAUUCCUUUAGGCGAGUUUUGAGCAACAGCACACUACAAACCAGGGGAGAGAGAGAGAGAGAGGGAGAGAGUGGUUGAGUGGUAGGGAUGGGUUUUGCCACUCAUUGCCUCAGCAAUGCUAUGUGCUAGGAAAUAGCACAAGCAAUAAAUAACACCAGCAAUUUCCAAUUCUGCCAGCUUUCCUAUUGGUUGUGCCGCUCCACUUGACACUGCAUAAUGGUGUGCAUGUUCUUUUGCUGAAUCCCUUUUCCAGAUCAGUGACCGAAUCCAAGAUGAUCGCCCCCAAACAUUCCUGUCGCAGUUCCGAAGCCUUGAAUAUGCGCUUAUGGUCUGUGCCUUUGUGGGAGUUAUUGGUGGCGGCUUCUUCCUGGCUACGGCUUGCUUCAUCCAGGCAGACCGUAAGCGCACAGAGCUGUAUGUACAAGGUAAAACCUCUUCCCUCCAUUGGCCAGUCAGAGUUGAGAUGUUAAGGUCUGUGAAGCCUGGCACAGAACUGCUGCACCAAGCAUGCACCCCAGUAGCAAAAACGAUUGUGGGUUGCUUUAGUAGUGGCUCUGUGUCAUGAGGAAGCCACUCAUCUCCUGUGGCAUGAUAGAACUUUCCUGGAAAAAGAGGGUGGUCUGGUGUAACAGCCAGUUAUGAGUUAGGAUGGAAAGGGAAGGCGUCCCACAAAUGUGGGUGUCCAGGGAGCUUCCCUGUGUGAUUUUAAAUUGCCCAACAAGUGUUUGUCAGGGACAACAAUUGUUAUUACCUCACUUUGGAAGCAUCUUUUUGAUUUAGAAUGCCUUGUCCCCCACGAAGAAACCUUUUUGGGCAAUUACAUGAGCAAGCUUUUGGCUUCUGCCACAGUUUCACCUCAUAACUUUGCUGUAGUGGCUGCAGCUGAGUAGCGACAAGAGGAAUUUCUGAGUAGCAGGGGUGGCACAUGUCUUGAUAAGUCCUGUGUGUUAGGAAGUGUGCAUGACCAUGUAGGAAAUCAAGGGAGGACAACCAAUCAGGAGCCUCCUUUCCUCUAACCUGAGGCUGGCGCAGCCUCUUUGGACAAACACCUCUGACCCUGUCAUGCUCUUUCUCCCUGCAGGGCAAUUUCACGAGUCACCUGAAGGAGAAGAUCGCAUUGUUGUUCCUCAGGGUGGGCGACCCACCAAAGUCCCUGUCUCUAGUGUCCUGAUCUGAAGCCCGCCCCACUUGGUUCCUUCAAUCUGGGAAAGAAUGAUGGACUUGUGAUCAGCUGAGCAUGGCACUCACAGGGAGAUGAGGACUCUCUGAAUGGACCCAGGCGGGUGGUUUUGUGGGCAACAGGGGAAGAUCAGUUUUUUGUGUCUGUGUUUCUGGGAUUUUUAUAAAGCACUAACUUUAUCAAGAGUCAUGUGGUGUUUUUCAGAUGAACAGGAUGAAACAAUGAAACCCUUCCCCCAUCUCUGCCUUCUACUUUAAUGGUUUUUCAAGGGUUCCCAGAGGCUUUUUCAAUGGUGUUCCCAAUAUAUGUGAUUUCACUUACAUUGUGGUGCCUCAGAACGUAACCCCUCGUAUAUGGGGAGUUGCCUGUAUGUCACAAGAGGUCUAGGAGAAGGCAAGUAAGGGGUAAACUGGGGCACAUUAGCUGUUGCAGCAGGAGAGUUUUCAAAAGCUUUUAUGCAGGGGGAAAAACUAGAAGUGGCUCUAACUCAGCUUUUAAUAAAUGUUAGGGAAGAAAUCAGAAAAAGUUUUUUUUUUAUUCAAGAAACCUCUGCUUUAGUAGUAGUAACUACAUCUUACUGACUUCAGAACAGAGUUAGUCAUGAGGGAUACUUUUAAAAAUAAAAAAAUCCUGAAGCUUCUGUUCUGGCCUAUUUGGUGUUCCAAAGGUUCUUGCCUGUUAAGACUGUGUUGUCUUACUUUGAAGCGUCAAGAACAUGUGCAAUCAGAAAUUGGGUGUAGUCAAAAGUUUCUCUUCGAGAUCCAGAGGAUAAGGUGCCUUGUUUUCUGUGUGUUUUUGCUUCUGACUUACAUUCUUGCUGAAAACCAUCUCGGCUAAGGAAGUAGUGCAGUGAGGUGAUGUCACACAUUUGGUGGAUAAAGGCUGGCUGUUUUGCACAUGCACGUCAUCACUUGAUGGCUGUCCAUUGAGGCGGCGGGGGGGGGCAUUCAUUUGUGAAAUCUGCCUAAUUGCAAAGUUGGAAGGCAUUUUUUGUGACCCUGUAGCCAUCUGACUUGCAUAAGUGGUUUGGCUCACGUGCUUGGUUCAUUAAGUGAAGCUGCAUUGUGUUGCAGUGACCUUGAUGUGAUACAAAUUAUCUUGAAAUUAUUUCUUUUGUUUUCAGAUUGUGGUGCACCGGGAUGUAAAACCAGGUGUCUUCUGUAGAGACAUUCCAGUGGAAUAGCUAGGUUGUUGCUCUUUGUUGCAACAGAUUCAGGGCCCAAUCUAGAAGAGCCUGUGUGAGAUAGACAGAUAGAUAGAUCUGUCAGCUGAGGAUAACAUGCCAUGCAACUAAGGAAGUGAGCUCUGGCCCAUGAAGGUUUAUGCGACUAUAAUAAACAUACUGGUUUUUGAGGUUCUUUCUUUCAGAUCAAAAUUAGUUUCUUUAUGGGUUGCUUGGGUAUGGUUUAUUACUGGUUUUGAAAGAUGCCCCACCACCACCUAUAGAGGCCCUUCUAUGCUUCGGAACAGAUGUUGGCUUGAGGUCAAAGGUGUGUGUGAUGAUUUGCAUGCCUGUUAUUCCUUGAGGAAUGAAUGGUGGUCUGUAGCAUUUGCAGGUUGCAAAGAAUGGAAAUGAGAUUUGAAUUGCCCUUGUGGAGGGCUUGGAGGAAACCCCCAGGGGCUUAGUGGAAGAAUGAGAGUCUCUAUUGAGAUUGUCUCUAGUACAGUGCUACCUCGGGUUAAGAACUUAAUUUGUUUUGGAGGUCCGUUCUUAACCUAAAACUGCUCUUAACCUGAGGUACCACUUUAGCUAAUGGGGCCUUCUGCCGCCACGCCGCCAGAGCACGAUUUUUGUUCUCAUCCUGAAGCAAAGUUCUUAACCCGAAGUACUAUUUCUGGGUUAGCAGAGUCUGUAAUCUGAAGCAUCUGUAACCCGAGGUACCAAUGUACUUCAUAUCAGCCGUGUUUCUUUGCCGGUUGGGUGGGGGAAAGCAGGGUGAGAUACAUUGUUUUUUCCACUGCUCAAUUCACAAAGAGAGGCUGGUGAAUCUCUUUCCCGUAGAUUUGUUUCAUGUCAGCAGAAGUGCCAAAUGCCUUUUCCUGGACUGUACCAUCUUUCUUGAAGAGCAGGGAGAGGGUUGUAAACUUCUCUGCACAUUGAAAAACAGCAGGUUGAGAGGUUGGGUCAAACCCAUCUUGCCAUUUGGGGGGUGUGUGUGUGUGUGUGUGUGUGUGUGUGGAGUUCUACAAGAUGUAUGUUUAACAUGCUUUGCAAGCCAGAGUGCUGUGAGGUAAGGAGAAGUUGGUUUCUUUUUAUUUUCUAUUUCCUAUAAAAAAAGAUGCCCCUUCAAUCUCACAUCAUGUAUAAAUGGGGCACAUAUCUGGAUAAAAUGCACAUGCCUCACUGCCUCCAGCUUGGCAUGGAGAUGUCAUUUAUUCUUUAUGUAUAGGAAGGCUCCCCACCCUCAGAAAAGCAUUGAAAUGUGCAAAUUGCGUACACACCCCUGCAGCCUGAAAUGGUACAGUCCAGAAAAGGCUUCACCACUUGAUUUUACAGUGGUACCUCGGGUUAAGUACUUAAUUCGUUCUGGAGGUCCGUUCUUAACCUGAAACUGUUCUUAACCUGAAGCACCACUUUAGCUAAUGGGGCCUCCUGCUGCUGCCACGCCGCCAGAGCAUGAUUUCUGUUCUCAUCUUGAAGCAAAGUUCUUAACCUGAAGCACUAUUUAUGGAUUAGCACAGUCUGUAACCUGAAACGUAUGUAACCUGAAGCAUAUGUAACCUGAGGUACCACUGUACUGAGCGUAUAAAACUUGUCCUCUGGU